AUGAAUAGAUGUAUGGUAACAUUUGCAGAAGAAUAUCAAAUUAAAACGGAAGAAUUAGACAAAGAAAAACAGAUUGCAGAAGAUCUCCUCUUCAAAAUGAUACCAAAAUCUGUAGUUUCUCAUCUACGUAGUAAACACGGUCACGUUUUUGCAGAAACUUUUGAUUCAGUAUCAAUUUUCUUCAGUGACGUUGUUGGAUUCACAGAAAUAGCCGCUUCCAGUAGCCCCAUGCAGGUUGUUGAAUUUUUAAACAGUAUGUAUUCAAUGUUUGAUGAACGUAUAGAUGUUUAUGAUGUGUACAAAGUAGAAACCAUUGGUGAUGCAUACAUGGUGGCCAGUGGGGUUCCGAAUAGAAAUGGUCUUAAGCACGCAGAGGAGAUUGCUACGAUGGGCAUAGACCUAGUAGCAUCAAUAAAACAGCUUAAGAUUCCACACAAGAAGGAAGAGCAUAUCAGAAUACGAGUAGGCAUACACACAGGUCCAUGUGUUGCUGGUGUAGUUGGAAUUAAGAUGCCGAGAUAUUGUCUGUUUGGGGAUACAGUUAAUACAGCUUCCAGAAUGGAGAGCAAUAGUUUACGUAUGUUUAUGAUGGUAUAA